AUGGACGACAUACGAGAUGUCGAGAAAGACACCAACAGGCAAGAUGCGAGACUCGCGUCUUGGCCAUACGCGAAACCUAAUCCAUUGCGAGACGCGAGUGGAAUCGAGUGCCUCCUGGUCCUCGUCAGGCUCUUCAACUGUCAGCUCCCGCACAGCUCGCCACGUCGAGCCGCCCAAACAGGGAGAGGGGAGCCCCGCCAAUACUCCAGUACGCUGGAACGUCUGUCAUGGGCCAGAAUCAAGGAUACGAAAACCCUAAGUGCAGACAUAUCGAGGUUGAUCAGGGAGCUUGGCGCCGCAAAUCUGAAGGAGGCGACCUUUGAGAGGCUGUUCUGCUCCGAACCUAUGAACUCCGAAGUGUGGUCGAGGCCGGAGCAUCGUCUUUUCGAUACUUUUAUCAAAAAGACGGCCUCCUCCCCCUGGGGCGUGGACACCGAUCCCUACGUCGACAUCUUCCGGAUCGGACGCGACGCCGUCACUCGGCCGCUAGACAUUGGCAAAGAGGUCAUCAGCUGGUGCGACAACAUCAUAACCCGAGAGGACGGUGCCAAACUGCGCCGCUUUCCUCCGCCCCCUCUCUACUUCCGCAUCGAGUACACGCCGUUCGAAGGCGCUGGCGUCCAGGACCUCUCCGAUUUGCAGGUCUGGAGCUUCCGAGACCCGCGCCUGGAAGCGAAUCAGCCAGACGACGGCGUCGAUCACGCAAGCAUUCGCUACGUUCUCACGGCGGCGGUUCGCAUGAGGUCCGAGCCCAAUGAGCGUGACCACCUCCGCCUUUUCACGGUCGAUGGGUCGGAUAUCUACACGGGGAUGACGCCUCCCGAUGGGGAUCCUUGCUGGAGCAUCGGCCUUCCAGGCCACAAAUACCUCCUGAUCUACACCAUUAGCAACUGGCCGAUCUGCGAGCUGACCCCGCAAGAGCGCGAGGACUUGAUCCUAGACAGGCGGGACACCAACGAUGAGGCCGCCCGAUUGUGGGAGUCGGGACGCAGGCACUUAGCGUCUUUGAUGGCUUCUGGGCACUUCGAAUAG